GCGAAAAAGUGUGGUGAAAGAAAUUUAAAACUAGUAAACAGUGGAUUAAGUGAGCCUCAAAACCGGAAGUGAACAAAAGGACUGCAAACGAAGGACUUUUUUCAUCCGCGCGUUUGCCUGUGUGAGUGUGUGUGCCACUAUGGGGCUUCGACCGGCUCCAUUUUGUGCUAUGGGCGUGGCCUUGGCUUUGUGCCUUAUCGCCAUGCUCUGCAUGCCGCAGCCGAGCAUUGCUGAGCUAACGCCGCCAUAUUUUAAUUUGGCUACCGGACGCAAAAUCUACGCAACAGCCACGUGUGGCGAGGACACCGAUGGUCCUGAGCUCUACUGUAAGCUUGUUGGUGCCAAUACGGAGAACGAUCACAUCGAUUAUUCGGUCAUUCAGGGACAGGUCUGCGAUUAUUGCGAUCCCAGCAUUCCGGAGAAGAAUCAUCCGCCAGAGAAUGCCAUCGAUGGUACCGAGGCCUGGUGGCAGAGUCCGCCUUUGUCGCGCGGCAUGAAAUUCAACGAAGUCAACCUAACCAUCAAUUUUGAACAGGAAUUCCACGUCGCUUACCUAUUCAUACGUAUGGGCAACUCGCCACGUCCAGGCCUUUGGACCUUGGAGAAAUCAACGGAUUAUGGCAAGACGUGGACGCCAUGGCAGCACUUCUCGGACACGCCUGCCGAUUGUGAGACCUAUUUCGGCAAGGAUACGUACAAGCCCAUCACACGGGACGAUGAUGUCAUCUGCACCACAGAAUAUUCGAAAAUUGUGCCGCUGGAGAAUGGCGAAAUACCUGUUAUGCUUUUAAACGAACGUCCUUCGUCCACCAACUACUUUAACUCGACAGUACUGCAGGAAUGGACGCGUGCUACGAAUGUGCGCAUACGUCUGUUGAGGACCAAGAAUCUUCUGGGUCAUCUGAUGUCUGUGGCUCGCCAGGAUCCAACCGUGACACGUCGUUACUUCUACUCCAUCAAGGACAUUUCGAUUGGUGGUCGCUGCAUGUGCAAUGGCCAUGCUGACACCUGUGACGUUAAGGAUCCAAGGAGCCCGGUUCGGAUACUUGCGUGCCGCUGCCAGCACCACACCUGCGGUAUUCAGUGCAACGAAUGCUGUCCCGGUUUCCAGCAGAAGAAGUGGCGCCAGAACACCAACGCCCGUCCCUUUAACUGCGAACCUUGCAACUGCCACGGUCACACCAAUGAAUGCGAAUACGAUGAGGAAUUGGACCGCAAGGGACUUUCGCUAGACAUCCAUGGCCAUUUCGAUGGCGGUGGCAAGUGCCUCAAUUGCCAGCACAACACCAUGGGCACCAAUUGCAAUCAGUGUGUGCCAAAGUUUUAUCGUCCCAAGGGCAAGUACUGGAACGAGACGGAUGUCUGCUCACCUUGCAACUGUGACCACUUCUAUUCGACGGGACACUGUGAGGAAGAGACUGGACGCUGUGAGUGCAAAGUGGCCUUCCAGCCUCCCAACUGUGACUCUUGUGCCUAUGGCUACUAUUCGUAUCCAAAUUGUCGCGAAUGUGAGUGCAAUUUGAAUGGCACCAAUGGCUAUCACUGCGAGGCCGUCAACGGCGAAUGUCCUUGCAAGAUCAACUUUGCUGGCACAUUCUGUAAGCAGUGCGCCGAAGGAUACUAUGCCUUCCCCGAGUGCAAGCCCUGCGAGUGCAACCAGAUCGGUUCUAUUAGCAACGACUGCGAUCUAAAGACAGGCCAAUGCAAAUGCCUGAGCAGCUUUGGUGGCGAGCGUUGCGAGACCUGCAAGGACGGUUACUUCAACUACCCGAAGUGUCAAUACUGUGACUGCGAUAUACAGGGUACAGAGUCAGAGAUCUGCAACAAGAAUUCUGGUCAGUGUAUUUGUCGCGAAGGAUUCGGUGGACCACGCUGCGAUCAAUGUCUGCCCGGCUAUUACAACUAUCCAGACUGUCAGCCCUGCAACUGCUCCUCAACAGGAAGUCCGGCCAUCACGUGCGACAAUUCCGGCAAGUGCAACUGUCUUUCCAAUUUCGCGGGCAAACAGUGUACCCUCUGUAGUGCUGGAUUCUUCAACUAUCCCGAAUGCUUGCCUUGCAAUUGCGAUGAACAUGGCUCCGAGGGUAUUACUUGUGACACUGAUGGCCAAUGCCUCUGCUUGCCCAACUUUAAUGGACGCCAGUGCAGUAAGUGCGCCGAAAGUUUCUACAAUUUCCCGGCCUGCGAGGGCUGCAAUUGCGAUCCUGCUGGGGUCAUCGAUAAGUUCGCUGGCUGCGGCUCUGUGCCCGUGGGUGAACUAUGCCAGUGCAAGGAACGCGUCACAGGUCGAAUUUGCAACGAGUGCAAGCCGCUUUACUGGAAUCUGAACAUCAGUAAUCCCGAUGCUUGUGAAUUGUGCGAUUGCCUAACGGAUGGUACCAUCGCCGCUUUGGACACCUGCGCAUCCAAAUCCGGCCAGUGCACAUGUAAGCCAAACACGCACGGACGUCGUUGCGACGAAUGCCGCGAUGGAACCUUCGAUCUGGACGGCACUUCGCUGUUCGGCUGCAGGGACUGUAACUGUGAUGUGGGGGGAGCAAGGCAUAGUGAAUGUGACAAGAAGUCGGGCCAGUGUAAAUGCCAUCCCCGUGUUACAGGCCUGGCCUGCACACAACCGCUGAGCACCCACUAUUUCCCAACACUUCACCAAUUCCAGUACGAGUACGAAGAUGGCUCGACAGCAUCCGGCACUCAGGUCCGCUAUCAGUAUGACGAAAAUAUAUUCCCUGGCUUCAGCAGCAAGGGCUAUGCCGUGUUCAAUGACAUACAGGGCGAAGUACGCAACGAGCUGACUGUCAUCAAGUCCUCGCUUUAUCGCAUCGUCAUACGUUAUGUGAACCCGAAUGAGCAUAACGUCACAGCCAGCAUACUAAUCCAGUCAGAGAAUCCACUUGAAGUGGACCAGAAGGUCAAAGUGUUGCUACGUCCCACCUCUGAGCCAAUAUUUGUUACUGUAUCGGGUGAUAAGGGCAACAAGCCAGCAGCCGUAGUCCUCGAUCCAGGAAGAUACACAUUCAUUACCAACACUAAGAAGAAUGUAAUGCUCGACUAUUUCGUUCUUUUGCCAGCUGCAUACUAUGAGGCAUCUAUCUUGACUCGUCACAUUGACAAUCCUUGUGAGCUGGGCAACAUGGAGCUCUGUCGCCACUACAAAUAUCCAUCCGUAGAAGAUUUUCAGCCAGCCACCGCACCGUUUGUCGUCGAUUCGAACAACAAACCAAUUAAGCCCACUGAAUUCUACAGAGAUCAUGAGCACCUAGAAAUCUUGAGCCACGAGGGAGAUAUACCUUUGCUGACCGAUGAUCAAAGUGAACUCAAUUAUAUUGUGGACGUGCCACACAGUGGCCGAUAUAUUUUUGUAAUUGAUUAUAUCAGCGAUCGGAACCACUCCAACACCUACUACAUAAAUAUUAGACUGGGUGACGAAGAUAACCGUGACUCAACGCUGCUUUAUCCCUGCCUAUACUCUACACCCUGUCGCAUUCCUAUCAUCGACGAGUUCAGCCGUGAGAAAGUGUUCUACAUAAACAAGGAUGAGCUAAAGCCAGUUACGAUUUACGCGAACUUGGACGAUGCUGUUUAUCGCAUUGGAAUCAUCUCAGUUACAGCUAUACCAGUGGAGCAGUGGUCUACCGACUAUAUAAAUCCCAGCUCAGUUUGUGUAAUGCACGAACGAAAGUGCGCGACACCGAAAUUCCGAUCAGUGCCGGACUCCAAGAAAAUAGAGUUCGAAACCGACCAUGACGAUCGUAUCGCGGAAAAUAAACCCCCAUAUGCUGUGCUCGAUGAGAGCGUCAAACUGGUCUACCUAGAUAGUAAACAAGACGCAACGAUUGCUGUGGAAUCGAAGGUUUUGGAGCCUGGACGCUAUGUCAUACUUGUGAAAUACUAUCAACCCCAUCAUCCCAAAUACCAGGUGUUGUAUACUCUGACAGCUGGUAAAAACCAAUACGACGGCAAAUUCGACAUUCUUCACUGCCCUUCGAGCUCCGGCUGCCGUGGAGUAAUUCGCCCCAGUGGCGAGGACUGGUGGUUUGACAUUGAAGAGGACUUCAAAUUUACAAUUAUGAACAAUCGUCCUCAAGGAGUUUGGUUGGAUCGUCUGGUUGUUGUUCCCGUUGAUCAGUUCAAUGACAACCUAUUGGUGGAAGAAACAUUUGAUCAGACCAAAGAGUUCAUUAGGGAUUGUGGCCAAGAUCACUUUUACAUCACGCAUAACGCAUCUGAGUUCUGCAAGAAAGCAGUCUUUUCCCUGACAGCAGGCUACAACGACGGCGCCCUAUCCUGCAAUUGCAAUUAUGCUGGCUCUACAAGCUUUGAGUGUCACCCGUUCGGUGGACAGUGCCCGUGCAGGCCCAACGUAAUUGAACGUCAAUGCGGUGCGUGUCGUACCGGAUACUAUGGCUUCCCCGACUGCAAAAUUUGCGACUGUCCCAGCACGGCUAUGUGCGAGCCCACAACUGGAGAGUGCAUGUGCCCUCCAAAUGUGAUUGGCGCUUUGUGCGAUACUUGCCGACCGAACACCUACGGUUUCCAUCAGGUAAUCGGUUGUGAGGAUUGCAACUGCAACUAUCAGGGAAUUGCGAACGGUAAUGGUCAGUGCGAUAUGUUCAACGGAUCCUGUGAAUGCCGUCCGAAUAUCGAAGGACGCGCUUGCGAUGUGUGCACCAAUGGCUUCUUCAAUUUCCCACGUUGUGAGCAAUGCACUUGCCACAAGCCAGGAACUGAGGCGGAAGUGUGCGACAAAAUCGACGGGAGCUGUUUCUGCAAAAAGAACGUGGUUGGUCGAGACUGUGACCAGUGCAUCGAUGGAACUUACAAUCUACAGGCUAAUAAUCCUGAAGGCUGCACCACCUGCUUCUGCUUUGGCAAAACUUCGCGUUGCGACAGCGCCUAUUUGCGGGUCUACAAUGUAAGCCUGUUUAAGAAGGUUUCCGUUAAUUCAGCCGAAUUCAAUGCUAAGUCAAUUGAAUUUGAAAUCUGGGAUAUUUCAUCGGAGGAGCUGAUAAUCAACGAGACCAUGCUGCAAGCAGACUUUUCGGUGCGUGACAUGAACGAUCAGCGCGUUGCUUACUUUGGUGUACUGGACUAUCUACUGAACCAGAACAGUCAUAUUUCCGCCUACGGUGGAGAUCUUGCCUAUACACUUUAUUUUACCAGUGGCUUUACGGGCAAGUCCAUUGUAGCCCCCGAUGUGAUUUUAUUGAGUAAGGAUAGCAUACUGUUGCAUCAAAGCUAUGAGCAGCCUGCCAGCAAUUUGCCAUUUAAGAACCGCCUACAAAUGGUGGAAUCUAACUUCCAGAAAAUAGAUGGCAAGCCCGUCUCGCGUGCAGAAUUCAUGAUGGCACUCCGCGAUCUGAAGUCAAUAUUUAUACGUGCAAACUAUUGGGAGCAAACUCUGGUUACUCAGCUAUCGGAUGUGUAUCUUACCUUGGCCGAUGAAGACGCUGAUGGCACCGGUGUCUAUCAGUUCUUGGCAGUCGAACAAUGCCAUUGCCCACCCGGCUAUGCUGGCCACUCUUGUGAGGACUGUGCUCCCGGAUACUACCGCGAUCCAAAUGGACCCUAUGGUGGUUACUGCAUUCCCUGCGAGUGCAACGGUCAUGCCGAGACUUGCGAUUGCGCCACUGGCAUUUGUAAAGACUGUCAGCACUCAACGCGAGGCGAGCAUUGUGAGAUGUGCAUCGAAGGCUAUUACGGAAACUCAACAUUUGGUACGCCCCAUGACUGUAUGAUCUGCGCUUGCCCUCUGCCCUUCGAGUCCAAUAACUUUGCUACUGGCUGCGAAAUCUCAGAGUCCGGCAGUGAGAUUCAUUGCGAAUGUCGACCUGGCUACACAGGACCACGUUGCGAAGCGUGUGCGAAUGGAUUUUAUGGCCAACCAGAGAACCAAGGAGACACCUGCAAGCCUUGUGAUUGUUCCGGAAACAUCAAUCCCGAUGAAGUGGGGGCUUGUGACACGCGUACAGGCGAGUGUUUACGGUGCUUGAACAACACUUCGGGAGCAGCCUGCAAUCUCUGUGCGCCAGGUUUCUACGGUGACGCUGUGGAGCUAAAGAAUUGUCAGAGUUGCGACUGUGAUGAAUUGGGAACAUAUAAGUGUGAUCCGUUUAUUGGUGACUGCAAGUGCCAUGACAAUGUGAUUGGAGAGCGGUGUGACAGAUGCAAGCCCGACCAUUAUGGCUUUAGUUCCGGACUCGGAUGCCGACCCUGUGAUUGUGGCGUGGCUUCCAAUUCGACUCAGUGCGACGACCAUACUGGGAAAUGUUUGUGUAAGCCCGGCGUUACCGGACGACAAUGCGACCGUUGUGCUUCGGACCAUUGGAACUACAGCCAAAAUGGAUGCACGCCAUGUCGGUGCAACGAGGGCUACUCGCGCGGCUAUGGCUGUAAUCCGUAUACCGGCCAAUGUGAGUGCUUACCAGGAGUAAUAGGCGAACGCUGCGAUGCCUGUCCGCAUCGCUGGGUAUUGAUUAAGGAUGAUGGUUGUGAGGAAUGCAACUCGUGUCACCACGCGCUUCUUGAUGUAACCGAUCGCAUGCGCAAUCAGAUUGAUGGUGUUUUGCAUGACUUCCACACAGUAACUAAGUCUUUCUUCACGAGCCAAAAGCUAAAUUACUACGAUGAAAUGGCAGAGUCGUUAUUACCAAAGGUGUCUGCUCUCGAUCCAAAGAGUGUCAACUUAGACCCCUCUCGUAAAAAAAAUAGCGAGUUGGAGGCAGCAACCAAAGCCUAUGCUAAGCUGGUCAACACAACAGUGGAUACUGCCAAGGAUGUUCGUCGCCGCACAAGCGUGCUUCUAGCCAACGUUACCGACAUUCGCAAAGAUGCUGAGAACAGCGUGUCAGAGGCCAGAGAUGCCAUUGCUGCCGUUGAAGAUUUGUCUCAAAAUCUAGAAGCUACUGCAAGCACGAAGAUCGAUGCAGCUUUGAUACAGGCUCAGGGCAUUUUGCAACUAAUUAAUGAAACCAAAAUUGAGGUUACUCCCAAUGAGAAACUGCUGAACGACGCCCAUGAAGUAUUUGAGAAAGUUGAUAAUCUUGUCAGUCCGAUCAAGCAACAAAAUAAAACUCUUAACGCGCUGAAAAACGAUAUUGGCGAUUUUAGUGACAAAUUGGAAGAUUUGUAUGGAUGGAGUAAAGAAGCGCAGUUGCAAGCAGACGAUGUGGAUCUCCUGAAUAAGGCGAAUAAGCGAGCCUACGACAACUCCAAAUUUGAUACCGUCUCUGAACAGCAAAAGGAGGCCGAAACAAAUAUAAAAGAAGCUGGAAACUUUCUGAUUAAUAGUGCAUUGACUUUGUCGCAUAUCAACAAGCAGGUCGAGGAGCUAAAAAGCGCUUUGGAUGAGCUAAACAACGUGAACGAACGUGUGGACAAAUAUUUUCCCGAUCAAGAGAUGGAAUACAAAGAAGCGGCACAACUAGCCGGAGAGGCGGAGGCCCAUGCGAAUGACCUGACAGCUCGUGCCCAAAGCUUGACUGAAAACUAUAAUAAUAUGACAGCAAGUUCCUAUCCAGCCGUAAGGGCGGCCAGAGCUUAUUCCGAUAUUGCAGACGCUGUGACUAGUGCCCAACAAUUUACCAAGGAUGCCGGCUUUGCGGCGGGUAAUGCAACAAAAAUUACGGAAGGUAUUGGGGAGCGCGCAUUAAAUGGCAACUCAGAGUCCACCGAUCUGUUGCAAAAAGCACGAAACGCAUUGCAAAAGGUACAAAGCGAUCUGGAGCCACGCUUGAAUGCUUCCGCAAGCAAAGUGCAGGAAAUCUCCAACUUGAAUGAGAAAACAGAGCAGCUACUGAAGGAAACCAACUUGAAAAUUAAGAACCUACCAGCCGAAACCCAGAGAGAUAUGUGGAAAAACUCGAACAGCAAUGCCACCGAUGCAUUGGAUAUACUAAAGGACGUGCUGGAAAUUUUGGAGCCCGUGAGCAAGCAAACGCCAAAAGAGCUGGAGAAGGCGCGCAACAUUUCCAAGGAUGUCGAAAUAGCCAGGAAAGAUGUUUCGCAAGCAAACAAUCAGUUAGAUAUUGUUCAAUCCUCCAUACCCACUCUCAACGAACUGGCAGACGGUAUAACUGAACAGCAGCAGAAGGUCGGUGAGAUGAGUCAACAGCUAAGUAAUGACAUCGAGCACCUUAAGCGUCAGAUAGACACAGCCCGAACACUGGCCAAUAGUAUCAAGGUCGGCGUACAGUUCGAGCCCAACACAGUGCUAGAACUAAAGACACCGGAAAAAACGCCUCUUUUGGCUACAAAAACGAAGGUUUCCGCCUUCUUCAAGACGGAGAAACCCGACGGCUUUUUAUUGUAUCUGGGAAACCAUAACAAAACAAACAGUCAGACAACUCCCAUCAAGAACGAAGAUUUCAUGGCCCUUGAAGUUGUUAAUGGCUACCCAAUAUUGACCAUGGAUCUGGGCAACGGCCCAGAACGGAUAACUAAUGAAAAGUAUGUGGCAGAUGGCAAAUGGUACCAGGUAGUUGUGGAUCGCGUGGGACGCAAAGCUAAAUUGAUAAUACGCGAGGAACUUCAGAAUGGCACCAAACAGGAACACGUGAAAGAAGGCAUUUUAGAGGGACCGAACAGUGUACUGCAUGUUGACCGUAACAGUCGCCUCUUUGUGGGUGGCUACUCGGAUGAUUCAGUUUUCACACCGCCCGAGGACAUUCGCACGAACUCUUUCCAGGGCGCCAUCGAGGAUUUACGAAUUGGCGAUGAGCCAGUCGGUUUGUGGAACUUUGUAUACGCUGACGACAACAGGCAAGGCGCUCGGGAACGAGACGUACUGCUUGAAGAUCAAAUGCCUGUGACGGGUCUACGUUUUAAUGGCAAUGGCUUUGUGCAACUAAAAGCCACGCCACACAACUUUAAAUCGCGCUCUGACAUCCAGUUUAGAUUUAAAGCUGCUCCGGAUGCCCCGGACGGUCUUAUGUUCUUCUACGGCCGUGGCAAACACUUUAUGUCUAUUGAGUUGGUUGACGGUGCAGUGUACUUCCGCUUCAAGCUGGGCAAUGGCCUAUUCACUUCCGUAACCCAGAAUCGCUACAACGACAACAAUUGGCAUCGCGUCGCGGCCGUACGUGAGGGCCGUCGCGGCUUGCUUAAGGUUGACGAUGCUCUGAUGAUGCAAGAAGAGGCCCCUCCAGGUUCCGAUGAGGAAAUGCCUAAAGUGCAUCGAAUGUAUUUUGGUGGCUUGCCAGGAAAACGUAACCACUCCGAAAUUGUCGCCCAGAACUUCGAUGGAUGCAUUGACGAUGUAACCAUUUCGGGACAUCAAAUUGAUUUGACAGAGCACGUUAACAGCACGGGUAUCUCGGAGGGCUGUCCCAAUAAGUACUCGACAGUGUUGUCCUUUGCACCAUUAGAUCACGGCUAUCUACGUGCCGCCAACAUUUCCUCGGACAACAAUCUGAAUGUGGUGUUGAGCUUUAAGACUCGUCAACGCGAUGGAGUGCUCUUCUAUGCAGCUAAUCAUGACCAGAGCUCCAAUAUCGGCUUAACGUUGGACAAUGGUUACCUAAAGCUGCGUAGUCAGGGCAGUGAAUUGGUCUCUGCUCAGCAUCAGUACAACGACGGGGAAGAACAUGUGGUUACAGUUCUCCAUAAUGGUGACCAACUGCGUCUAUCAAUUGAUGACCAAGAUGACAGGCGGCUGCCUACAGCUCCGGAGCCACUGUACAUUCAAAGUGGGGACGUAUUCUUUGGCGGCCUGCCCGAUAACUACAUACCGCCCAAGGGGGCACUUUCAACACGGGUGCACUUUGUUGGUUGCAUUAAGGAUGUAACCGUGAAUCAUGAAAUAAUUAACUUUGCCGACAGCGCUGAAAAGAGAAAUGGCAACAUCAACAGCUGUCCGCAGGAAAUUCUAGCUUACGAUCCCGAAGAAUUAAGUCAUUAUUAUUCCAGCGGAAUAAACGAACUUGUGCCCCACGGUGAUCCGUUUAAACCGCCGCAAUAUGAGCCCAAUAACAGGCCACCCGUGAAAACAACAACAACAACAACGACAACGACUACUACAACAACGACAACAACAACUACAACAGAGAGCCCUGUUAUCGCCCCAUUACCCGUCGAUGAUAAACCCCUUCCACCUUUGGGAACAACGCAAAGGCCGUUAAUUGCUAAAGCACCGCCGAUACUAAAUCAGCCGACCGAUGAGCGUUGCACCUUACCCGUCAAUCCCAACUACGACGUUGACUUCGUCGAAGCCGGCUACCGUUUCUAUUCUCUACGGGAACAGCGUUUGGAAAUUAAAUCUCUUCCAGUCAAAAUCCGCAAACAUUACGAUAUAGGCAUCUCAUUCCGAACCGAAUAUCCAAAUGGCUUGCUCUUCUACGCGGCAGACGAGGCACACAAUGACUUCAUUGCUGUCUAUUUGCUAGACGGCUAUAUUUUCCAUCAGAUGAGCAUCGGUCCCAUUAACGCAAACAUCAGCAGUGAGUUCGAAUUAAACGAUGGCCAGUGGCAUACGGUGGAGGCCGUGCGUACAAACACCAAAAUAAGUCUCAUUAUUGAUCAAAAAGAACAGAAGGAUUUUGUAACUCUGGAAGAGCGGAACACACGUCCAUUUAUGGUACAAUAUCCGAUCUUUGUGGGCGGCGUUGACAGAUUUGUCGAGUCAGAUGUGAAACGUCUUACUCAUUUUGGAGGCAACACUUCCUUCUACAAUGGCUGCCUCCGUGACAUUAAGUUCAACAGCAAACAUCUGGAGACUGAGCCGACAAAUUAUAAUGUAGUACCAUGCUCCGAUCAGGUAGAAAACGGAGUCUUUUUCCAUAAGCCAACUGGAUAUGUUAAGCUAUUUGAUCGCUUCUCUGUGGGAACUGAAAUCGCCAUUAGCUUCGACUUCCGGCCACGCGAACCAAACGGUCUACUUUUCUCCGUUCAUGGAAAGAAUUCCUAUCUUAUACUCGAACUGGUAGACAACACGUUGUUCUUCACGGUGAAGUCCGAUACCAGGAGCAUAAUUUUCACAAACUACACAUUGCCGGACAACGGCAGUUUCUGCGAUGGCAAGUGGCGUAACGUCCAAGCUAUCAAGUCUAAGUUCGUAAUAACCAUUGCGGUUGACUUCGUAAGCUCGCUCCCAGGAGUGGGCAAUGAAAGCUCGGCCAUGACAAAAACAAAUCGACCUCUAUUUAUGGGCGGCCAUCAUGCCUUCCAAAAGGCCCCAGGCAUUAAAACGAAGCAGACAUUUAAGGGGUGCAUCAGAAAUGUUGUUAUUAACAAACGUGAUGUGAGAGUAACGCCGAAUUUGAUCUUUGGAGAUAUUUGGCAAGGCGUUUGCCCCCUUAACUAAUGUCAAGAGCUAAUCAGAAAUAACAAAUGAAAAAUUCGCAAAUGGACAAAUGUCUUGAUUACUUGAUUUGAACUAUUACUGCCAGAGUGGAACGAUGACGAAAAAUGAUCUUAACUAAAGGAUUUUCAACGAACAAAUAUCGAACAAAUCGACUGUCGGUCAUACAACUUGGAGGUCCUAUUUGCAAACGGAUCUACAGAAAACUACAAGUCGAAGAUUUAAUAGACGUAAGAAUUUGUGCCAAUAUAUAAAACGUAAAACAAAAAAAAAACUAAACUUGCAGCCAUUAUAUUAUUUCUACUUGAUUUGUUAUUGCUUAAAUAAUUGUAUAUGUUUCUUUGCUAAAAAUAAAGUAAAAUAUCAUUCUCCAAUAA